AUGAGUAAGGCAUACGAUCGCCUCGAGUGGAGCUUCCUCCGGAAGACCCUACUACACUAUGGUUUCAACUCGACUUGGGUUGACCGGGUGAUGUUCUGUGUUGAAUCACCUCAACUGGCCAUCUUAUUAAAUGGGUCUCCGCUUAAUUUCUUCACUCCUUCUCGAGGUCUUCGUCAGGGGGAUCCUCUCUCUUCAUACCUUUUCGUCCUAUGCGAGGAAGUGUUAUCCUCUCAUCUGGCCAUUGCUCUUCAGCAGCAGAUAAUCCAUGGCAUUAAAAUCUCCAGGCACAGCGAGGCCAUCUCUCACAUGGCCUUCGCUGAUGACUUAAUCCUUUUUGGAAGAGCUACUAUUCAGGAAGCCAGAGUCUUUCAGUCCAUCUUGGAAGCCUACUGCGCUCGUUCCGGGCAGUCUCUCAAUGUUAAUCAAACUCGGGCCCAGUUCAGUCCGAAUGUGCCCUCCUCUCUCAAAAGACAACUGCACGAGAGGUUUAAGAUCAUACCCACUUCUAGAUUGGACACUUAUUUGGGUAUUCCAUUUGUGGCUGGUAAACUGAGCAAAUCCCACUGCCAGGAUCUCCUCCACCGAGUUAACUCCAAGUUGAGUGGAUGGAAAGCCAAGUAUCUCAGUUCCGCAGGCAAGCACACUUUGAUUCAGUCCACCUUAUCAGCCAUGCCGCAAUAUUUCAUGUCUUGCUUCCAAUUACCAUCUUCGGUUCUGAAAGACCUCGAUUCUUCAAGCCGAAAAUCUUUCUGGUCAAGUGGUGACAAGUCAUUGGUUCCCACAAUUAGUUGGCAUUCCAUCUGUCGCACUAAAAAGUCGGGUGGUUUAAAUUUAAGGCUAUCCACCAACAUGAAUCUCUCUCUGCUUGCUAAAAAGGCGUGGGAACUCCUGUCCCCAAGUGACUCCCUAUGGGGCCGCCUGAUGAAAGCAAAAUACUUCCCCUCAUGUGACUUCCUCCAUGCCACUUGUCCUCGCAAUGCCUCUUGGGGAUGGAAAUCUGUUUUCAAAGCUCGGGAUCUCCUCUUCAAGGGUCUCUUUAUCCGAGUUGGCCACGGCCGCAGCAUUAACCCGUGGAUCGAUCCCUGGAUUCCACGUCUCCCCCCUUCCCUCGCCCCCUAUCUUCUUCCCCCCGACGCGCCUUCUUCAGUGGCUGAUUUCAUUGAUCCCGCCACUAGAACCUGGAAGGCCUCCGUUGUUCGGUUUUGGUGGCCGCCCGAGCAUGCAGACGCGAUCCUCUCCAUCCCUCUCUCAAUCCAUGAAGAAGAAGUUUGA